UAUUUCAUCUUCCUUACAAGGCUAAAGCUAGAAGCUUUCCUCUGCCUCUGGGUCCCUUAAAAGCAGCGCGGCGAGCCUCAGGGCUGUCAGCGGGAUGUGGGGCUGAGGGAGAUGGGGAUGGGGGCACAGCGGGGCGGUGGAACCCUACACCUACUGAACCAGCUCUGCCAGAGGAGCACUGAACCAUCCCAUCGGGAGCCACCGAGGGGGACCAAAGCGCAACAUGAAGGGUAACAUGAAAAACUGUCCUUGGGAGAGCAGCUCCUGGGAGCUGUGACGGAGCCUCGCAGAUCGCUGCCUCCCUAAGGCUCAGCCUAGCCUGGAGCUGGGUGGCUCCACUGUGAGGAUGGAAGUGCUGCGCCGCUCCUCCGUCUUUGCUGCAGAGGUGAUGGAGGUGUUUGACAGGUCUCCCACUGACAAGGAGCUUGUGUCCCAAGCCAAGGCUCUCUGCAGGGACUACAUCAACUCGAGGCUGAUCCGUGCGGGCGUCAGCUGGAGCAAACCCGAGCACAAUGCCCCGGUGCCCGGCGGCAAGCUGGCCGAGGUGUCCGCCAUCCUGCUGCGCCUGGGGGAUGAGCUGGAAUACAUUCGCCCCAACGUCUACCGCAACAUUGCCCGCCAGCUGAACAUCUCACUGCACUCGGAGACGGUGGUGACGGACGCUUUCCUGGCUGUGGCUGCACAGAUCUUCACUGCAGGCAUAACAUGGGGCAAGGUGGUGUCUCUCUACGCGGUGGCGGCGGGGCUGGCAGUGGACUGCGUGCGGCACGCGCAGCCGGCCAUGGUCCACACCAUUGUGGACUGCCUGGGAGAAUUUGUCCGCAAGACCUUGGUGACGUGGCUGAAGAGGCGAGGAGGCUGGGCAGACAUCACCAAGUGCGUGGUGAGCACCGACCCCAGUCUCCGCUCCCACUGGCUCGUGGCCGCUGUCUGCAGCUUUGGGCACUUCCUCAAGGCCAUCUUCUUCGUGUUGCUGCCUGAGAGAUGAGCCCCACCGCCCCGUGCCCCAUCUCCUCCUCCACUCCAGAAGCAGUGGCCAUGGGCUCUGAAGAGGAGGAAGAGAAGAACUGGUAUAGACACAACUUGUUCUCCUCUCCCUUAGCUGGUGGCAGCUGAUGGACCUCAUUCUCCUUUGGUGGCCACAGGAGCCUCUCCCCCGUUUCCUGUCCCAGGAGCCCUGUUUCCCAUGGGGACCAGAGGAGGAAGUGGCUACGAUUUGAAAUGGAAUGGAAAGAAGAGAGGGGGAGCAGCCCUUCCUUGCUGCAUGCAAUCCCCUUUCAGUCCUCAGACUCACCUUGUGUCACAUCUUGUUGUUGCAUUUUGCUAAGACUCCAUCUCCUCCUUGCUCCCUGUCUCUGUGUCGUUGGGCUCUCCCCGCAGCACAGCAUGGCAGAGGGCACCAUGCUGUGAUGGGAUUUGCAUGGGAUGAAACCAAAUGUACCAUCAUCAUCAGAUGCUUCCCCCUCUGACCUUCCUUGGGAAGUGCAUUUUGUGGUGUGCGCGCAGGGCAGCUGCAUGGGAUGCAGUUAGAAAGGGUGCUGCUCUGACCUCUUACUGAGCCCACAUGCACUACAUCAAACAAGGGAGUGAGCAACAACUCAGGCUGGAAUUUUGCAAUGAAGACAAAGCUCAACGUGGGACAGGUGAGAUGAGGGAAGCAGUAGGUGAGCUGCCUGGUGUUACAAAGGAGGAAAGCUGUGUCAAAAGCAACUGUUUUAUAUUUCUCCUUUAUUGUCUUCAGGAGUACAGCCUGUAGUCCUGUUUGUAUUGAACAAUAAAAGAAAGUAGGUGUUGUUUCAUUA